AUGAUUCAAUUCCUUAAAAAUCUACAGUUGUAUAAAAAAAGGGAAACUUCCGAUAUAAAACCCACUACAAAAAAAAGUAAAAUGAAAUAUGAGGAUUUUAAUUUUAUUCGUACACUCGGAACUGGGUCAUUCGGGAGAGUGAUUUUAGCAACAUAUAAAAAUGAAGACUUACCUCCAGUUGCAAUUAAACGAUUUGAAAAAAGCAAAAUAAUAAAACAAAAACAAGUUGAUCAUGUAUUUUCUGAAAGAAAAAUAUUAAAUUAUAUAAGUCACCCAUUUUGUGUUAAUUUAUAUGGAUCAUUUAAGGAUGAAUCUUAUUUAUAUUUGGUUCUUGAAUUUGUAAUUGGAGGUGAAUUUUUUACAUUUUUGAGAAGAAAUAAAAGAUUUCCAAAUGAUGUAGGGUGUUUCUAUGCAGCACAAAUUGUUUUAAUAUUUGAAUAUUUGCAGAGUUUAAAUAUUGUAUACAGAGACUUAAAGCCCGAGAACUUGCUUCUGGAUAAAGAUGGAUUUAUAAAAAUGACUGAUUUUGGUUUUGCAAAAGUUGUAAACACACGAACAUACACCUUAUGCGGAACACCUGAAUAUAUAGCCCCAGAAAUAUUAUUAAAUGCUGGCCAUGGAAAAGCGGUGGAUUGGUGGACAUUGGGAAUCUUUAUAUAUGAAAUUUUAGUUGGAUAUCCUCCUUUUUAUGCAAAUGAACCUUUAUUAAUAUAUCAGAAAAUUUUAGAAGGAAUUAUUUAUUUCCCUAAAUUUUUAGAUAAUAAUUGUAAGCAUUUAAUGAAAAAACUAUUAUCUCAUGAUCUUACAAAAAGAUAUGGAAAUUUAAAAAAAGGUGCUCAAAGUGUUAAAGAACAUCCAUGGUUUUCUAAUAUUGAAUGGAAUAAUUUAUUAAAUAAAAGAGUUGAUGUUCCAUAUAAACCUAAAUAUAAAAAUAUAUUCGAUGCAUCUAAUUUUGAAAAAGUUCAAGAAGAUUUAUCUAUAGCAGAUAAAGUUAUUAAUGAAAAUGAUCCAUUUUUUGAUUGGUAG